GAGUUUAGGGAAACCGGAGCCUACCCUUCACAGGAAUCUGAUUGAUACCAUGCCAAACCCAAGUUAGUCUGAGUAACUGCUCAUUACUGACACACUCAGCUACCUAUGUGACUAUGUCUCUCUUCUUUUUUAUUUAUUCAUUUACCAUUUACCAUCUCUCUCUAAUUCUAACUCAAUAAUAAAUGGGGAAACUUUGAAUUGAAAACGUGGAGUGGAGGCCACUAAGAAAAGGUGGCGCAGAAGAGAAGAACAACAACAACAAGUUGUAUUAUGGGUCAGGGGUUGAGUUGCAGAGGUAGUAAUGAACAUGGACUCUUUCGUGCUGUUCAACAUGGGGACCUUCAAACUGUUGCUACUCUUUUACAGACACACCCUUCUCUUUUGCAUCGCACUACUGUUUAUGACCAUCAUUCCCCUCUUCAUAUUGCUGCUGCCAAUGGUCAGAUCCAGGUUUUAUCUAGGCUUUUGGAUAGAUCUGCAAAUCCUGAUGUGUUGAAUCGCCAAAAGCAGACCCCACUUAUGUUGGCAGCAAUGCAUGGAAAGAUUGAUUGUGUGGAAAAGCUUCUUGAAGCUGGUGCUAAUGUUUUAAUGUUUGAUGUGUGUCAUGGAAGAACUUGCUUGCACUAUGCUGCUUACUAUGGUCAUUCUUCUUGCCUAAAGGCAAUACUUUCUGCUGCUCAAUCUAGUCCUGUGGCUGCUUCUUGGGGUUUUGCACGGUAUGUGAAUAUUCGAGAUGGUAGAGGUGCUACACCAUUGCAUUUGGCAGCUCGUCAAAAGCGGUCUGAUUGUGUGCACACUCUGUUGUGUAGUGGAGCUCUUGUUUGUGCUUCUACUAGUAGAUAUGGAUGUCCUGGGAGCACUCCUCUUCAUUUAGCAGCCAAAGGAGGAUCUCUGGAUUGCAUCCGCGAACUAUUGGCAUGGGGCGCAGAUCGUCUUCAACGUGAUGCAUCUGGGCGGAUACCGUAUGUGGUUGCUCUGAAGCACAGACACGGAGCAUGUGCAGCAUUGCUAAAUCUUGCAUCGGCGCAGCCUCUUGUCUGGCCAUCAUCAUUGAAGAUAAUCAGCGAUCUUAAUCCAGAGGCUAAAGCUUUAUUAGAGCAGGCGUUGAUGGACGCGAACAAGGAAAGGGAGAAAAAUAUAUUGAAAGGCAGUUCUUACUCUCUUCCAUCUCCAUCGCACUCUGAUGGGAUGGAUGACAAUAUUUCUGAGGUCAGCGAGACAGAACUAUGCUGCAUCUGCUUUGAGCAGGUAUGUACAAUUGAAGUCCAGGACUGUGGCCAUCAAAUGUGUGCACAAUGCACACUAACACUCUGUUGCCACAACAAACCCAACACUUCUACUUCUCAUCCUACCCCACCGGUUUGUCCAUUCUGUCGAAGCACCAUAGCUAGACUCGUGGUUAUCAAGAUCGAAACUCACGAAGACAUUGACCAAGACAGCGCUAAUACCAGUUGUUUCAAGCCAAGCAAGUCAAGGAAAUUUCGGAACUUGAACGAGGGAAGCAGCAGCAGUUUCAAGGGAUUAUCCAAUGUAAAUUCGUUCGGAAAAAUGAGCGGUCUUAGUUCUGGUAUGAUCGCAAGUGAAAACGAAUGGAUUGAUGAUAAGCCACAAUGAUAAUUACAUAUGAAGGUACUAUGCUUGGUUGGCAAGGCAAAAUGAAAGUAUAAAAAGGAAGAGUUUAUUAUUGUGUAAUAUCGAGAACUAAGCAAAGUGGUCCUUGGGGAAAGAGGUAUAUGAAUCAUGAUGACAUGUUGUAAAUUGUAAUGUCAAUGAUGGUAUAUACUGAAUCCAUUAUUAAAAUGAGAAUUUCUUUUUUCUCAUUAUUAGUUGAGGUCUAAAAAGACCAUAAGAAAAAUGUAUUAUUGUUGUGUAUUAUUUGCUUCCGAAUUGUUUCAUUGUAACAAAAAUGAGCAGCAAUAAAAUACGAAAGAAAAAGACAUGGCCUAUUGUUGGUUGUCAUGUGAUAAUGUCUA